UUUACCCGUUAGAAAACUGAAAUGCACUGCCAGAUAGGCCUUAACUGCAGUUUAAAACCUCCCUGUUAUUCUAGUUCAAUCAGCCUGUCCCUCUUGAGUUCCAAGGUUUGACAGCUUCAUCACAUUGCUAUGAGUGAACAGACUGCGGGCUUUUCGCCCGCUCCAUCAAGCUUAUCCCUCUCUGGCAAUGUCAUUAAGCAGGGCUGGCUUUAUAAAAGGGGAGAACACAUUAAAACUUGGCGACCAAGAUAUUUCCUGCUUCUGGACAAUGGUUCUCUGAUUGGUUUUAAAAAUAAACCAGAGAUUCCCUAUGGUGAUCCUUUGAACAAUUUUACUGUCAAAGGCUGUCAGAUUAUGAGUUUGGACAGACCAAAACCUUUUAUUUUUAUCAUCAGAGGACUUCAGCUAACUACUGUUAUUGAGAGGACAUUUCAUGCUGAAAGUGAUGCUGACAGAGAGGAAUGGAUAGCAGCAAUCAAAGCUGUAUCUGACAACUUGGCUGAUAGUCAGGAUGUAGAAAUGAUGGAAAGAGCUGGUUCCAUCAACAGUGUUGAUUCCAGUCUUGAUGGUUCAGCAAUUAAUGAAUUGUCUGAGCUAUUUUCAGUUCAGGGUACUUCUAGCAGUAAUCGUUCUGGUAGAAAGAAAGUGACCUUAGAAAACUUUGAGUUUCUGAAAGUAUUGGGCAAGGGCACUUUUGGAAAAGUAAUUUUAUGCCGAGAGAAAGCAACUGGACAUCUCUAUGCCAUUAAAAUUUUGAAAAAAGAGGUCAUUAUUAAAAAAGAUGAAGUUGCUCAUACUUUGACCGAAAAUCGGGUCUUGAGAACCACAAGCCACCCUUUUCUUAUUAGCCUGAAGUACUCUUUCCAAACAGCUGACAGACUUUGUUUUGUUAUGGAGUAUGUGAAUGGUGGAGAACUUUUCUUUCACCUCUCCAGAGAAAGAGUGUUUUCAGAGGACAGAACCAGGUUUUAUGGAGCUGAAAUAAUAUCAGCCCUGGGAUACCUUCACAGUGAAGGAAUAAUUUAUAGAGACUUAAAACUUGAAAAUCUGUUAUUGGAUAAAGAUGGCCACAUUAAGAUAGCAGAUUUUGGCUUAUGUAAAGAGGACAUAACUUAUGGAAGAACAACAAAGACCUUUUGUGGGACUCCAGAAUACUUAGCACCAGAGGUUCUGGAUGAUAAUGACUAUGGCAGAGCUGUUGAUUGGUGGGGUGUUGGAGUAGUCAUGUAUGAAAUGAUGUGUGGUCGUCUUCCUUUCUACAACAGGGACCAUGAUGUCUUAUUUACUCUCAUUCUAGUUGAAGAAGUGAGAUUUCCAAAGAACAUAUCAUCUGAUGCCAAGGACAUGCUGACAGGCCUUCUUAUGAAGGAUCCUACAAAGCGACUUGGUGGUGGUCCUGAAGAUGCACAAGAGAUAAUGGCUCAUCCUUUCUUCAGCUGUAUAAAUUGGUCAGACCUCCAAGCUAAGAGGCUAACACCGCCAUUCAAGCCGCAAGUAACAUCAGACACAGACACAAGAUACUUUGAUUCAGAGUUUACUGGGGAAUCAGUAGAGUUGACGCCACCUGAGAAUGCUGGUCCCCUGAACUCUAUUGCUGAAGAAUUGGAAAACAAUCAACCUUAUUUUCCACAGUUUAGCUAUCAGGAUGUCAGUAGUUCAACUUUAGGAAGUACAAUCUCAGCUUCAAACUCCUCCCUAGCAAUUCAGAACGCUGUUGAAUAAACUACAACGUAAGUGUUAAAAAAUUCAAAUUGAAUAUAAAACAAAACACACAACUUCAAUUACACUCAGCCACAAGGUUCCUAUGUGAUUUACAGUGACUGAAGUGCAACUAAAGCACAGUUUUAUGUGUGAAAAGAUUCUGAGAGGUUGUGUGAUUGUGAUGAAAUAAUUGUUACUUCUGCAAUGCAUUUGUGCCAUAUGUGCACAUUGAGUUUUCUCAACUCUCCAUUGUAUAGAAGUGCUGUUCAUGUCUGUAUUUUUAUUGGUUUUAAGUUAUCCUCUCUUUUUUCUUUCUUUCUUUUUUUUUUUUCAUCUACAAGGGUCUGAUAUUUAGAACCAUUUAAAAGAUGGACACUGCUCUGACUCUGACUACUCAUACAAUCCAUUUGUUUGGUUUUCAAAGGACUGUCAAUAAGUGUACAGAGCCAUGUUUUGGGGGCUCUACCAUGGCUCUAAUAUCCUCUUUACAUUCCUUUCCAUGCAAUAAUGUGAAUCUUCCAAACGUUCUUCAAUCCUUUCAAGCAUUUUUAGAUUUCUAACGCUGUUAUCAGGUUGGAGCCGUGUAUCAUGUAGAUACCUACUUCAGUUCCUGAUUGAUUAUCUCUUCUGAAACUCUUUUAACCUAUGUUCCCCAAAACCCAGUCAUGCUUCAGUGCUAGGAAGAAAUGAUUUUAUUCUCUCUCAGUACUGAUCUUAGGAAAAGUUUGCUGAACUCAGGUAAAAACUGACACCCUUGUAUACUGUGAUAAGACGGAAGUCUGUAGUUUGUUUCUUUUGUUAAAGAAAAAAAUGCAAUCUAUUAAGUUGGUCAACUUAGGUUUUGAGGCAAGUUUUCUCGUAUUAUGUAAGAUUAACAUGAGUGACAGCAUUUCAGUCUCGGAGUGACGUAAUUCCAUCAGGUGAAGCAAGGGGAACUUCUUAACCGAAAGAGCUUCAGAAGUUUGUAUUUUUAUUGUGUGUAAAUAGAAGCUCAAAAUUCAAACUUUUUAGAUUGUUAAAAAAAAAAAAGAAAAAAAAGAUUUUUCAAUGUUUUGCUUGUAUCAGACCCGUUUUUUGAUAUCAACUAUUGAAAAUAUUGUGCCUACUAUACAUAUAUAUUAUUAUUUUUUACUUCCCUUGUUUAAUUGGACCAAAACAGGGAAUCAAAAUUAACAACCAGGUAAUAGUAGACACCAUUAUUAUUUGUGAAUGCUUUAUAUAAAUAAAAUAGCUUGCUUUUAAUAUCUUAACUUUCGUUUGUAUCUGUUUUUGCAGAUUUGUUUGGGUAGAGGAUAACUUUCAUUGUAAUUAUGCAAACCACUGCAUGUUAGUCUUUUGUCUUAUUUUGUUAAAACCAUGUAAACAUGCGAGGUAUUGUUAAGCUGGGACCAGAGAGGUCUCCGUAACUUUUCAGAGAUGAAGUUUUCAUCCCUGGUGGAAAACAUUGUUCCAGACUGCAGCAACUUUUAGGGAUGAACAAAAUCCUCUGCUUGCUAAUGAAUUAUACUCUGUAUAUUGGUGCUUUAAGAAAUGUAGCAGUUUACAGUACUUAAUGAUGAUAGAUCCAUGAACUUAGCAAACAUUGAAAUGUUAAAUUUAUGGCUAUUAUUUUCCUUCGGGCAGUUUGGAGUCUUAGACUCUGGUUGUCAAAUAGUGUCAGUAUCACAUUAAAAGUGACUUUCUUUUAUAUUUUACCUUAGAGCAUGUUGAAUAUGCAGUGACAUUCCCUUUAGGGUAAAGAGCAUUUCAAAUGUUUAUAAAAGACUGUCUUAUUUGUCCGAGAGAGAGAGAGAGAGAAAGACAGAUAUUAUGCAGCAUCUUCCUGUCAAUCUGUUCUGUUGCUUUUUUUGAUUUCAAAGUAGCGGACUACUUGGCAAUUUAUUUAAAUGCGAUGUGCUCAUGGAUGUAUUUUUGUAGUUGUUCAAAUUUGUAAACCUAUGCAUUUUGACACCUGGCACCUAGAACCUAACAGAUUUUAUGAAAAUGAAUCAGUUGAUACUUUUAUAAUUAAUUGUUGUUGUUAUUGUUACUAUUUAAAAUUUCAUUUCUCAAAAAACUGGUCAUCUUGUUGAUUUAGAUAUAUUUGCUUAAAAAUUCACUCAGUGCUUGUUAUUUUUCUGGAAGUACUUUGUGCAUGUGUGCCUUCAUCCUGUACUUUCUAUUAGUGUUUGUUAUGAAAAUUAACGUGAGUACCCUUAAUGAAUCUUUGUCUUCUUGUAAUUGGGAAUGUUUCCCAUUGUGUAUCUUCAUGCUGGCUUUGGUGCUCUUUGUUUCAUUUGAGAGUCAAACUUUCAUAGUAUAAAAAAAGAGGUGAAAAUCGGGAAUCAGGACGUCACAUGCCACAUUUAUGCACAGUUCAGAAAUCAACCUCUUUUUGAAAUAGAAGUUCUUAUUGAAAUUGAUGAUGUUGAUGGUUAAUUGUUUCUGUGCGCUUAUUUUGAAGUAGGUGAAGAGGUACUUUUAAAUUGAAUCAUGCUUGUAUCUCCGAUUUGGCAGCAUAGUCUCGGUACAUAUUGCUUUGACAGAUUGCAUUCAAUUGUAUGUAAUUGGAUUCUUUUGGUGUUCAUGACAUGAAUAUGCAGUUUUGUCUGAGUCUACAUCUGAAAAGGAAAUGUAUCAGGAGCUUCCUUAUUGCUUGUACUAUAACAUUCAACUUUAUAGAAAGGUUUAUGAUAAUUCAUAUUUAUGAAUGACAUAGCCACCUUGUCUUGUGUCCGUCAAGAUAUGCAUCUGUUCCUGAAUCUCUUGUCACAUUUCUAUGAUUGAAAAUCAAGAGUUUUAUAUUAUCUUUAUUUUAAUAAACACAGGGAAGUGGCUAGUUUUGAUAUUUUUCUACUUGGGAAAGUAGUUUAAGAGCAUGGCCUCUGAAAGAUUUCCACCUCCUCUUGUUGUUCUGUACUACUAUUGAUAUUUAAUUUGUAUUUGUGGUGAUGUAGUUUUGAAGCUUUUAAUUAUUGCUGUUUUGUGGUCUAGUCUCAUCAACUUCUAUAUGUAAUUUUCAUUAUACUUUUUUUUCAGUAAUUACUUAUUAUGAAUUUGUUUUAAUUUUGAUCCACCAUAUAUUGUAAUCCAAUGAAAUUAUGUGAUUAAAGAAAGGUAACUGCUAACAAACUUUUAAUUAAAUGCCGUUUGCGACCUACUGACAGCUGGAAGAGCUGCCACUUUGCAUAAUUUGAUAGUUUUCUGGGGUCUAUUCACUUUGUUACUAUUUGUAGAGUUCAAUUUUUCAUUUUGUUUGCAAUUUCUGCAGAUAGUGAUGUUACUGGCAGGUAGAGACUUUGUAAAAGCCUCAGUAGGUCUUUUUUAUUAAUGAGAAAUGCAAAGAACACAUGCUGCUCUACUGAUAUUCUAUUCCAUAUUUGUUUGGUAAAUCUUCAUCCGUUAUAAAUUGACAAGCACAGCCGAAUGAAGACUUCCUAUAUACUGCAUUAGUACAUCUUUGACUGUAAUACUCCUUCAAAAGAAAGUUGAUAGUACAAUGUAUUUUUCUUUUCUUCUGCUGGACGCUGUGUGUACUUUGAUUGCUCCAUUUAUAGUAAACUGUGAGUUGAAUGGGCUCCUACAAUUUUGUGUAUCAUGCAGGAGUCCUAAUUACAAUUUACUUGCAUUAGCAGAAAAAGAAAACAAAUGACAAAACAAAUUAGAAAAUACUUUAAAUCAUUGUGGAACUCCUGAAAUUUAUUUAAUCUGAAAAUUGCCAUAUCAGCGUUUUUGAUGUUGUGUAUUUAUUUGCUUUUCACUACUUACUGGUAUCUCUAAUUCUAGUUACCUAAAACAAUUUCAUUUUGAAAAUAAUGCAUGACAUUUUUUUUGUUCAAUGAGAGUGAAAUGCUUUCCAAUAACUGUGCUUGUUUCAAUUGGUUUUUUGUUUGACUUCAACGCAUCUCCAUGUACAUAUUAAAUUGACUCUUGGGAUAGCCAAAUGAUUUUUAUGCUCAAUCAAGGUAGGCAUUGGCUGUUUGAUAACUUCUUUGCCACAUUCGUUAUAAAACAUAGAAGUGAAGGCAUUAAUUCAAAGUGCUCCCAAGUUCUGAUGUAGUACAUAGUGGUGGUUGAUUCAAAUUGAUUUUAUUUUUAAAAUGGACCAAAGUAACUGAACUGAUUCGUAGAGAAAGAAAUUUGGGAAGAACUUGUCUCAGUAUUUCUUGUCCUUUGUCACGCAUGUCUCUAAAAUGUUCUGAAACAUUUAACUCGGUAAUUUUUUUUUAUGGCUCAUUUUUCUGCUUUAUGGUGUUUUUGAUGUGUCACGACUUGUGAGCUGGCAUUAUCUGCAUGUUCUCUAAGGUACAUCAAGAAGUACCUAUAUUUGUAGAUAGUGUGUAGAAUGUGAUAAGAUUGUGAUUAAAUUUAAAUGAUGUGA